GUGGCUGCACCCAAUUGCAUCGCACUUUUAAACAGCUAUUUUGUAAUUUCCUUUACAAUAAAUGUAACAAAAUGCGGUGUGAGAAACUCCAUGUCGCAGAGGAAUGGUGGGAUCUCGUUUCUAUAUAUGAAAACGAGGCGAUGUUUCUCGUGAUACAUAUUGCUAACACGAAGGUCGGAUGGCAGAAACUGUACCAGCACCCGCCGCUGCUCCGGCCAAGGCUCCCAAGAAGAAGACAGCCGAUUAUAAGUCAAAGAAAACAGGAGCCAGCGUGUCCGAGCUGAUCGUGAAGUCUGUGUCUGCCUCCAACGAGCGCAGCGGGCUCUCCCUGGCCGCGCUGAAGAAGGCUCUGGCAGCCGAUGGCUACGAUGUGGAUAAGAACAACUCCCGGCUCAAGGUGGCAAUUAAGAGCCUGGUAAGCAAGGAGACUCUGGUGCAGACCAAGGGCACCGGCGCUUCGGGGUCCUUCAAGAUCAACAGAAAACAAGCUGAAGCCAAGGAGAAAGCCGCCAAGAAAAAGGCAGCACCGAAAGCCAAGAAACCCGCCGCAAAACAAACCACCGCUUCUGCAAAGAAAGCCAGAAAGCCAGCAGAAAAGAAGCCAGUCGCGGCAAAGAAGUCUCCCAAGAAAGCAAAGAAACCGGCAGUGGCAAAGAAAGCAGCCAAGAGCCCGAAAAAAGUGAAAGCUGUAAAACCUAAAAAGACAACGAAGAGCCCGAAGAAAGCAAAGGCAGCAAAGCCCAAGGUUGCAAAGCCUAGGGCUGUCAAAGCAAAGAAGACAGCGGCGAAGAAGUAACUCCCUGUCAGAAUUCACUUCUGCAAACCCAAAG